AUGUACGCUGCACGACAAAGGGUGUGCCAGGCCGCUCGCCAGCUGCCGCGCUCGACGCGCACAUAUGCCUCCGACGCCCACCACAAGCCCGCCGCGCCGGCCAACGAAUCCUUUGGAAAAGGAUCGAUUGUCGCCGUGACCACCUUCUUCGCCGGCGUCGCCGUCUUCUCCCUCAGGCCCGCCGAGGGCGAGGAGUCCGCCGUCAGCAGCAUGAUCAAUAAGUACCGCUCCCGCGCCGAGGACUGGGCCGAGAUCAACGCUCUUCACACAAAGGCUGCCGAGCAGGCCGGCUUCGACCGUAACCUGUUCGAGAAUGCCUCCAACAAGCACAGAUACGUCAACGUCUCGUAUCCCGAGGCCUUCCAAUCCCACGCCCCCCGAAACAUUCAAGCCGGACAGCUUGUCAACCUGGAUCAUGUUGUGGAGCACUACAAGAGUGAGCAUCUGAAGGACGAGGAGCGCAAAGCCAAGAAGCUGGCCGAGCAAAACUAA